CAGAGAGAGAGAGAGAGAGAGAGAGAGAGAGCGCUAGAACCACCGGCAGGAGGAGAGCGGGAGAGAGGAGGUAAGAGGCAGCGGACCCGACGCGAGUGCGCUGCGACGCGGGCGGGCGGGCGGCAUGGCGGGCCGGGCGGCGGGGCGGGGCGGGAGGCCGCUUCUGGGCGGCGUCGGCGGCGGGGGCGGAGGGAAGCGGGGCGGGAGGCCGUCGAUGGCCGUCGUGGCGGCGCUGCUUCUGGCGUGCGCGGCGCUGCUCCUCCUCCUCGCGCUCGGCGCGCUCUCGCUGCCGGGGGCCUCCGACGGCGCCGGGCCCCGCGGCGCGGGCCUCGCGCGCCCGCGCCCGCGCGCGCGCUUCCGCAGAUCCGCCACCGACUCGGGGCUGGAGGUGCGCGGGGAGAAGGGGGAGCCGUGGACGGAGGUGCUGUCAUGGGAGCCCCGCGCGUUCGUGUACCACAACUUCCUCUCCAAGGAAGAAUGCGACUAUUUGAUUUCGCUGGCAAAGCCUCACAUGAAGAAGUCGACAGUAGUUGAUUCAGCAACUGGAGGGAGCAAGGAUAGCAGGGUGCGGACAAGUUCAGGAAUGUUUCUUAGAAGAGGGCAGGACAAAAUUAUUCGUACAAUUGAGAAAAGGAUAGCAGAUUACACCUUCAUACCUGUAGAACAUGGAGAGGGUCUUCAAGUCCUUCACUAUGAAGUUGGGCAGAAGUACGAGCCUCACUUUGAUUACUUCCAUGAUGAUUACAACACCAAAAAUGGAGGCCAGCGUAUAGCAACUCUUCUUAUGUAUCUUUCGGAUGUUGAAGAUGGUGGCGAGACCGUGUUUCCUUCAGCGCCAGUAAACAGCAGCUCAUCACCAUUUUAUAAUGAGCUAUCUGAAUGCGCAAAGAAUGGUCUAUCUGUUAAACCGGAGAUGGGAGAUGCGCUACUCUUCUGGAGCAUGAAGCCUGAUGGAUCCCUGGAUCCCACAAGCCUUCAUGGUGGAUGUCCGGUGAUAAAAGGCAAUAAAUGGUCAUCGACAAAGUGGAUGCGCGUCCAUGAGUACAAAAUUUAGAUACAAGAAAACACAGACCUCAGGUCACACACCGGUUCGGAUUUGCGGACAUUUUAGCACAUGUUGAGGGCGUCGAUUUUCCAUAGAGGAUUAAUUUACAGUUUUCCUUUCUAGCUGUUACCGAGGCUUCCGUCUUAGGCACAAUGUUGUACAUUAACAUGUUAGGCUGAUGAACUUGAUCAUUCAGAAGAGAUGGACGCGUGGGUGUAUAAACUGCCAUUGCCCUUAUUCAAAUCAAGAUAGGAUGUCAGAUAUAGA